CCGGCGAGAUGGACCGUGGCGGCUCGGCCGCGCUGCUGCAGACGGUCGCCCUGCUGCUGGUCCUCACAGGUGGCGCCCGUGCCGCCGCCGCUGUGACGUCCGAGGCCGGCCUGUCCUGCUACCAGUGUAAUGUGACCGAAAACAGCCAAUGUGGCCCGCCACAGCCCUGUCCCACCGAUCAGGCUUACGACCGAUGUAGCACCACCCUACAAAAACAAGAUGACGGCCCUAUGCGGAUCAUCAAGGGCUGCACUCUGGGCCGAUGUUUCCUCGACAGUGGCGCCACCACGGCGCUGGGACUCGACCGCUGCGACACCUCUCGUCCAAAGUUCGACUGCUUCUUUUGCUGCACAGGCGACGCGUGUAAUGUCUCAUCGGCGCCCAGAGUCGACAUCGCCGCUGCCAAGCUCAUAGCUGUCGUUUUGGUGACUUCAUUGUUGACGUUACUGUGAUGUUACGAUGUUGACGCACCAAGAAAAGCCACAAAGGUCGCGAUGGCAUUAUGUCACUUAUGUUAUCUGCCAAUCACAUUUCGGCGUGCAGUGACUGAUACCUAUUGAUAUUUGUAUUGGGCUGACAUGCAGCACAUGAUCUCUUAGCUCAAUAAAGCGUCUUUUUAUGUGCUUA